AUGUUUCUAGCGCUACUAGCAACGCUCGUCGGCAUUGCCACCAUCUGGGUGGUCACUACCAUCAUCCGGAAUCGGGCUACGGUGGCCAAACUUGCCAAGCAACUUCCAAGCUUCGCCGUCGUACCUUCGAUUCCGGUGCUUGGGUCGGCGUAUCACUUUAAAGAUCCAACACCGGAAGGUAUCUUCGCUACCUUUACCGGGUUCCACAAGCAGUACGGUCGGAAUCUCAUCACCCAGAGCCUGUUCAACUAUCCUUCGAUGCAGAUAUGUGACCCGAAAGUGAUCGAGCAGGUGAUACAAGCGCGCACGAUCGAUAAAUCGAUCAUUUACGACUUUAUGGUGCCGUGGCUCGGUACGGGGCUGGUCGUUUCGACCGGUUCGAAAUGGUCCCAGCGCAGGAAGAUCAUUACGCCGACGUUUCACUUUAAAAUUCUGGAAGACUUCCUUGUGAUCAUGAACCACCAGACGGACGUGUUGGUUGAGAAGUUGCGGAAGAGCCCACACGGUAAGGGUUUCGAUAUCUACGAGCAUGUGACGUACUGUGCGCUGGAUAUCAUCUCCGAGUCCGCCAUGGGCGUAAAGCUGAACACACAGCUGCAACCACACUCGGAAUAUGUGAUGGCGGUAAAAGAAAUCUCGGAUAUCAUCCUUAAGCGGCUUUUCUCCUUCCUGCGCGAGUACAAAUGGGCCUUCCAGUUUACCAAGGCACACAACCGUCAGGAGGAACUGUUAAAGGUGGUGCACGGUUUCGCGCAUCGGGUGAUAAGCGAGCGCAAGCAGCAGCUGCAGGACGAACGUGAACGGAAGCGGGCACAGGAAAAACUCGAAGAAGAGGACGUUUAUGGGAAGCGUCGCAUGACGCUGCUGGAUCUGCUGCUAAACGUCGAGAUUGACGGUAAAGCACUGUCCGAUUCGGAAAUACGCGAGGAGGUUGAUACGUUCAUGUUCGCCGGCCACGAUACAACGACGUCCUGCAUCAGUUUUGCUGCGUACCAUCUCUCCCGUGAUGCUCCCAUUCAGCAGCGGGCGUACGAAGAGAUUCAGGCCAUUGUCGGUCCGGAUGCUAAGAGCCGGGAGCUUACAUACGGUACACUGCAGGAGCUGAAGUACCUCGACAUGAUCAUCAAGGAAACGCUUCGCAUCAAUCCGUCCGUACCGAUCAUAGGCCGUCGUUCGGCAGGUGAUAUGCUUAUUGAUGGUGUUACCAUUCCGAAGGGUAUGGAUUUCGGCAUUCUGAUCUACGCGCUACACAACGACCCUGAACUGUACCCCGACCCGACCCGGUUCGAUCCGGAACGGUUCAGCGAGGAAGCGUCGGCCAAGCGGCAACCGUACGGCUACAUCCCGUUCAGUGUUGGUGCCCGUAACUGCAUCGGACAGCGAUAUGCCAUGCUAGAGAUUAAAACCAUGCUGGUGAAACUGUUGGCCAACUAUCGAUUUUUGCCGUGCGACGCCAGUAACAUUCUGCGUAUCAAAACCGACAUGACGCUAAAACCGGUAAACGGUGCGUUCGUAAAGAUUGUUCCAAGGUGA